AUGAUGCAACAACCAACACCAAAGUCCCUGCACAGACUGAGCAUCGAAAAUCCACGGUUUGCCGCACAUCCUCUAUUCUGGACGUCACAGCAUCUGCAACUCCUAAACUGUCAUUUCCAGCACCUUGACUCCAUUCUACCUCCCUCUCCAUCACCCUCGAUCGACGCCGACAAGCACCUCACACUGUAUUCCCGCGGCCUAGCAAAAGUCCCCAUGCCGAUUUACAAGUCAAUAUGUGUUGGUCACUUACUGCAUCAUAAAGAUAGCCCUUUGGAGAAAGUAGAUGGCCUGCCUCCUUUCAUCUUCGCCGGGCGCGCCGUUCAUUUUCCAGACUGCGAUAUCUUCCAGGCGCGCACAACCACUGUUCAACAGCCGCCGAUUGUUGGUUAUUACCACUACAACUAUGUUACCCGGGAGCGGCAACGAGCGCUGACGCCAAGAUUGCAUCCGGUCCGUCGCGGUAAUUGUCCCGUAUCGAGAAUUUAUUAA